ACAAGAACCACACAAACCAAACCCAAACCCAAAUUAACCCAAACACACAAUGUUGGAUCACAGCAGUACCUUAUGCUUAAAAACCAAUACCGCUUGGGCUCGAGUCUGCGACACCUGCCGGUCCGCCCCUUGUACCAUUUACUGUCGCCCUGACGCCGCUUACCUUUGCACCGCGUGUGACGCCCGUAUCCACGCUGCGAAUAAGCUCCAGUCUUCCCAACACGAACGUGUUUGGGUAUGCGAGGCUUGUGAACAAGCCCCUGCUGCUUUUAUUUGCAAGGCGGAUGCCGCCUCGCUUUGUGUAACUUGUGACGCUGAUAUUCAUGCAGCCAACCCUCUUGCGCGUCGGCAUCACCGCGUCCCGGUGAUGCCGAUUCCUGGCGCACUUUAUGGACCUCAGGCUACUAACCCGAGGUCCAUGAUGGGGAUUGGAGUUGAAUCCCAAAGUGGAUUCUUGUCAGAGCCAGGUGAUGUAGAUGAUGAAGAUGAAAGUGAAGCAGCAUCAUGGUUGUUAUUUGAUGGUCCAGCAGCACCAAAGAAUAGUCAAGGCCAAAAUGGUAAUAAAGAGAAUGGGUUUUUGUUUAGUGGUGAUCAAGGAGGUGAUGAAGAUGAGUAUUUGGAGUUUAUGGAAUUUGGUGGUGAUGAUCAACAACAAUGUUUUAACAAUAAUAAGGUGUCUGAAAAGUUGUUUGGUGGAGGCAAUGGUGAUAGUGUGGUGCCUGUUGGAAAAGAUCAUCAUAAUCAUAAUCAUCAAUUUCAUCACCAUGAUUUUCAGCAACAGAAGUUUCAGUUGGGAAUGGAAUAUGAGACCUCAAUUAAUGGUGGUGUUAGUGUUGGCGUUGGUGCUUAUGGCUAUCCUCAACUUACUCAAAGUGUUUCCAUGUCAUCAUUAGACGUUGGAGUUGUGCCUGAUUCAACGAUAACCGAGGCUUCAUUGUCACAUUCUAGACCUUCUAAAGGAACAAUCGACUUAUUCUCAAACCCUCCGGUUCAAGUGGCAACACAACUCAGUCCAAUGGACCGAGAGGCCAGAGUCCUAAGGUACAGAGAGAAGAAGAAAAACAGAAAAUUUGAAAAAACCAUACGCUAUGCAUCAAGAAAAGCUUACGCGGAAACAAGACCAAGGAUCAAAGGUCGUUUUGCUAAAAGAACCAACGCAGAUGUCGACGUGGACCAAAUGUUCCCUACAAACCAUAUGGUAGAACGCGGAUAUGGAAUUGUGCCUUCCUUUUAAACACGGAAGGAACAAUAGGCCUAUGUUUUCUUUUUUUAGCAAACCGGUACAUCAGAAUUAUUAAGAUGAUUAGUAUCUUCUUAGAAAGCAGGAAUCGAUCCGCUCGAUCAUGGGUUCUUAAUUGUAAACGUAACUGCAACAUACACAUUUUCUGUACCUUAAUUUUUUUUCCUUGUUGAUAUAUUUCAUGUUUUUGGGCAUGUUUCAAUAAA